AUGGAUCCUCACCCAGAGGCAUCGUUGUCUGGACUGUACAAAAAGGACUGGUUCUAUGCUCGAUGUGUUUCUCACUUAAUGAGUGCUCCACCUUCUGUAUCCAAGCAGUUCUUAAAAGAGCAAAGGGAUCUGACACAGGUGUGUUUGCAUGAUAUUAUAUUCAGAGUUUGAAGAUAACAAUUCCACAGCAUAUAAGUUAUGCACAGGCUUCAUAGGAGGAAAAUGUUUUAGUAAAGAGCUGUGUGACACAGGCCUGGUCUGGCAAUUAGGCAAAAGCUGGAUGUGCUGCAAUGGCCACUGGCUGAAGCCAACUGGGGAGAUCAAAAUAUGCAGGGAUGAUGCUACUCAGUAUCAACCCAAAGAGGAAGCUUCAUGGCCAGUGAGGAGAUCAAAGAUAUCCCAUACAGGCCAACACACUCUAAUACUGGGGAAUCCAGGAAUGUGAUCUCCACUUUCGGUGGCUACAGACCAAAUGUAUUGUUUCUGUGAGCUCCAGAAUCUCUGAAUGUAACAGAGCUUUGCCCAAGGUUACUACUGCAACACUCUGAUGCUUUCAGCAUAGCAGGGCUGGAAGGUACACUUCAGCUGCAUCUGCCAGAGCCGCAGGCCACGAACUCUAACUACCAGACCACCAGGGAUCAUAAUUCUCUCCUCCAUUCUACAAGGUUAGCAAGAUGGAAGGGGGGAUACACUUUUUUUUGUAAGAACAUGAUUUUUUGUAAUGCUUCCAUCAUUUACACAUACUCUACAGCCUGUAUCCUCUAACAUAAUACAGCCUCUAUGAAACCACCUACACUACAGCCACAUACUCUUCUCUCCACAUACUAUAGCCUUAUCCACCCCAAACACAAUCCUACAAGUAGCCUUCAAGCAAAUUUUGUUUGCAGUUUUUUUAACCAUCUGGCUUGGCUCUUGUCAUAGAAUUACAGUUGUGCUCAAAGGUUUGCAUACCCUGGCAGAAAUUGUGAAAUUGUGGCAUUGAGUUUGAAAAUAUGACUGAUCAUGCAAAAAAAAUAUUUUAUUGAAGGAUAGUGUUCAUAUGAAGCCAUUUAUUAUGACACAGUUGUUUGGCUCUUUUUUAAAUCAUAAUGGUAACAGAAAUCUUCCAAAUGGCCCUGAUCAAAAGUUUACAUUCCCUUGUACGUUUGACUUUGUUACAGACACACAAAGUGACACACAUAGGUUAAAAUGACAACUAAAGGUUAAUUUCCCAGACUUGUGGCUUUUUGAAUUGUAAUUAGUGUCUGUGUAUAAAUACUCAAGUUGGUUAGCUCUCAUGUGGAUGCACUGAGCAGGCUAGAUACUGAGCCAUGGAGAGCAAAAAAGAACUGUCAAAAGAACUGCGUAGCUGCUAAGUUAAUGGAAAAGGAUAUAAAAAGAUAUCCAAAGCCUUAAAAUCCGCUAUACCACCUGCAAGAAUUAGAGGCCUCAUAGACAACUCUUACAAAAGACGGGACACUGUCAUUGAUGCUAAAGGGGGCAGUACACAGUAUUAAGAACUAAGGGUAUGCAGACUUUUGAACAGUGGUCAUUUUAUUUGUUUCUUUGUUGCCAUGUUUUGUUUUAUGGUUGUGCCAUUCUGUUAUAACCUACAGUUGAAUAUGAAUCCCAUAAGAAAUAAAAGAAAUGUGUAUUGCCUGCUCACUCAUGUUUUCUUUAAAAAUGGUAAAUAUAUUACCAAUUCUCCAAGGGUAUGCAAACUUUUGAGCACAACUGCAAGUGUUUCUUCUCUUAAAACAAUUAAAAGCUCAUAUUUUAAUGUAUUGCCACUACCUCUGUCUCCUGCUAUGAAAAUCAAUCAUGUUUUCAGUGGGUGUUAUACUUGCUUUAAGACACACCUCUCCUGCAUGCUGCUGUUUGUGAAGCACAGACUUGCAUAUCCAUAGUAGAUUAAAAGUCUUGAACACUUUAUGAUGGCUUCAUAUAUGUAAAUAAAACAUAUCUGUUAUCUCUCUCUCUCUCUCGCUCUCUCUAUAUAUAUAUAUAUUCUCAGAUUGCCUGUCCAUAGUUCCUGUAAUAAAUCAUUCUGGCUCUUUCUUUCUUUGUGGUGCUGCUGCUGCUCUCAUUCAGUGCUUGUCUCUCCUCCCGUCUUCACCUUGCAGACUUUCCUUUACCUUAGUGUGAAGGCAAAUAAGAGAGACACCAAGUAAAUGAUUUCCCUGAUAAAUGACAUGCAGAGAACAUCCUUCAUAUCUUUGUGCACAGACUGAAUUGACUGACAGAAGGGAGAAAAGACUGUUUUUUCAUCUCCGAUUUUAGAAAAAUCUAGACAUUUGCUAGCAGUUAUGCUAGGAUAAUGACUAGAAGAAAUGUGAUUCUCUAUCACUGAAGAUGUUGUAUUUGUCAUGACAGCUACCCUUUAAAUAAGAGGAACUUGGUGCAUGGCAAUUUACAUAUUUGAAUAUUGAUGUGUUUUGUGUAGCCAUAUUGUGUAGUCUGAUCUUCUCUCCUUCUGCAGUUAUCUCUUCAAUAGUGAUGUCCCGAACUGUUCGCCGAACGGUUCGCGAACGGUUCGCUGCGGACUCAUCAUUGAGUAAACUUUGACCCUGUACCUCACAGUUAGCAGACACAUUCCAACCAAUCAGCAGCAGACCCUCCCUCCCACCUCCUGGACAGCUCACUAAGAAUGCAGCUUCAAAAUGGAUGCUGUCCAGGAGGCGGGAGGGUCUGGGAGGGAGGGUCUGCUGCUGAUUGGCUGAAAUGUGUCUGCUGACUGUGAGAUACAGGGUCAAAGUUUACUCAAUGAUGAGUCCGCGGCGAACCGUUCGGCGAACAGUUCGGGACAUCACUACUCUUCAAUUCACUAAUUUUUCUCACUCUCUUAUGAUGUAGUAAUUAUACUUGUGUAUUAUCUGUACCUAUUGGUAAAGCAAAAAAAACACAGUGCAAGAAAACGGUCAAAUGCUCAAAUAGCCUGCCCUUAGGUCGGUCCCCAUUCAGAUCUUUGUGCCAUUACAAAGAGAACCUAGGUCAUUUUCAUAUCAAACUGAUUCCAUCCAAAAGGUCGGUCCAGAACUGAAACGCACUUUGGAGCUGGACUGCCCUCUUGGGUAAGAUUAGUCUGAUAUGUCACAGAAGGGUAAGCUUAUUGAGCUAUUGUCCAUUCUCAGCACUGUUGCACCCUGCUUUUUGCUCUCCCCACGUUUAAAGGGUAAUCAAGACAUGGAAUCCUUUGCUCACGAUGCUUAGAGAGGUAUCAGCUAUACCUCACUGAUGAGACCUAACAAGGCCAAAACGAUUGUUUGGGGUUGCUUGUGCAGAGAGACACGGCCUGCAUUUCGGUUCUGGACCCCCCGUUUUGGUGAAAUCUGUCUGAUGUGCAAACAGCCUUGGCUCUUUUUGUAAAUGCAGAAGAUGCGCUAAAACCAGUUUGAGAUCUGCACGGGGACCCACCGGAGGGCAAGCUACUUAAGCUGUUGUCGGUUCUCAGUAUUCUCUGAAAUCCUGUUUUUUGUUAUCUGUACCUCUGUACCUGUUUCUUUAAAACAGGUGGUGUGUAUUAUAAGUACUACAUCCAGAUGCAGUGGUUAUGGUGUCAAUAGUGCACUGGUGACAUCCCACAGUAGCAUAUCCCACCAUGGUAUCAAAUUUGUUCAGAUAUGCUUUAGAUGUGAUACAAGGAGGAUCUCUCAAACCAGCUUGCUGUUCAAAUUUACUUUAGUUCAAUAAAAUUUCAAUUUUCUUUCAGUUCAAGAUUUUGCAAGAGUCCUAUUACUUUGCAUAUUUCAAUAUAUUUCAAUGUGAAUAUGUUUGUGUAUAUUAAUUUUCCUGACUGGCAUAUUUAUAUUGUAGUCACUUAAGAAGUUAGAUAGACAUCUACAAAGCCGAUUAGAUGAACUAAAUGAAGAAAAGAAACGAUUUGCCCAGCUGAUGAGCAAGAGGUUAGGCUCCAAUAGCGUUACAAAUCUGGCUCCUACCAAGAGUGGUUUCAAAACACUAUGCACUCAGUCUACUGCAACCUUUAACGACAGCUCUGCUGACGAGUUAAAAACUUCUGAUGACUCUAAUUUGAAUACUUUAAAACAUAUAAAGGUAAGUCAUUUUCAAAGAGCAUCACAUUCACGUAAAGAAAAUACAGCAGGUUAAUACUCAGAAAGAAUUGCCGGGCAUCCCAUUCCUUACUAGAUGGCUAACAUCUUCAUGCCACUAUGUGGAUUAUACAAAGUGCAAUUCAUAUCCUGUAGGAAAGCAAUCAGAUAGUUAAUCACAGCAAGGAUACUGCAGGAACAGGUUUAAUUAAUCAAUUGCUAUCGGUGUAUUUUACCAUAUAUAUAUUUGCAUUUUCACUUUGGCAAAUAACCCUGUUAGUGUCAGGUGCCCUUCCAUUGAAGAUGAAUUGUAACUCAGAUUAUUCUAAGACAGUUUUUUUGCCCCAUGCUCUAAAGACUCAGAAUUACAUCAAUGUAUCACCAAAUCUUAAAGGAUGCACAUCACUAUAAACAAUGGUAGAUCCAAUGGUCUAGCCAUUAAAUAGAUACUAUCAGUGCCAGGAGUAUAAAGCUGUAUUCGUGGCACAAUAGAUCCCUCUGCCUCCCCCCUUUCCCUACCCUAGUGCCGAUGUCCCUCUGCACUGGGUCUCGGCUCCGCCUCCUCCUCUGUCCUGUGAUGAGCGGACGCUAAUGCACAUGUGUGGCAAAUGCCACGCCCGCAUUAGGCCUCCCCAUAGGAAAGCAUUGAAUCAAUGCUUUCGUAUUGGGAAAAACCUGAAGCUGGAUGUCCUCAUGCAGAGCUCGAGGACAUCCAGCGUCAGCUACCGGGCCAAAGGUUCGUUUGGAUGCAGGAAGCACCUCUGGAACUGCAAUGUUUAACAUUGCAGUACUAAGUGCAAAAAGGACACUGCACCCAGACGACUUCAAUUAAGACAAAACUAUAAUGAUGCAUGCUGUUAAAAUCAACAUUUGUAACAUGAAUCUUCAGUGAAAUUAGCUAUUUCACAUACUGAUCUUAAAUAGGGAGGUUCCUACACCCUUAGGGUAUAGUAAGACCCAACACUCUAGUAAUAAGUUAGAAAUAGCAAAACUAGAAAAAUGAAUAUAGAGAAUGCUACUGAUCCUAAGAAUAGUUGGGAUUAAAGGGACACUCCACUGCCCCAAUAAAAACGUCAGAACUUCUUAUAACUACCUUAAGUAUUUUGUCAACUGCAUUGUGUGCAGUAUUAGUGUUGUGGAGUUGUUAUGUAGAGUUGGCUGUAUUGAAGGUGUGCAUUUGAUAACGUGAGUUUCUGAGAAUGCAGGCAUGUAUUAAGUGGAGUGUUAGUGUUCUGGAGGUGCAGAGUGAAUGUUUGCAUGUGAGUGUGGGAAUGAAAUUGUGUGGAGGGUGUGUAAAUUAAGUUUCAUUGAACAAAUUCUACAGUAAGCAUGUGUGUGCGUGUGUGUGUGUCAGAGAUGUAUUUUAGUAUUGCUGGUGUAAAUCCUUCUCACGUUUCGGACCUCUCAGUCUUCCUAUCCCACAUUUCUGUAUCUAGCCAUCUCCUCAUGUGUCUUUCCCCUAUUACUCUCCACCUGUGUCUCUCCCGACAUCUCUCUCCCAUUUCUCCCAAGUGUCUAACCAUAUCUAUCUUUACAUGUCUUCCCACCUGUCUUUCCCAUUUCUUCUCACAUAUGUCUCUCCCCACAUAACUAUCCACAUGUUUCUUCCCACGUGUGUCUCCCCACACUUCUCCCUACAUCUGUCUCUCCUCACAUCUCUCUCCAUCUAGGCCUCCAGAAACCUGUCUCGCUUUCUCCUUACAUGUCUCUCCCCACAUUUCCGUCCACCUGUGUCUCUCCCCACAUUGUCUCUCCACAUGUCUCUCCCCUAUCUUUCUCCAGCUGUCACUCCCCAUCUCUCUCCAAAUGUCUCUCCCAAUUUUUCUCCACCUUUCAAAACGGCUUCACAGGGAAGCAUAGAAACUGCAGUAUCACAAUGCUUUCAUUAGAUGGCGGAAUACGUUCACAUUUUCUGAAAUAAAUACUAUGACAAGCGGGACCAGGUUUAAGCCUGACUGAGGCUGGGCACAAGAAUAAGCUUUCAAAGUAUCCAUUUAAUGCAAUAGAACAGUGGUUCCCAACCUUUUUUCACUUUAGUACCCAUUGGCAGCCCAUUUACAUAAAUUGUACCCCUCAUAUUAGCAAAAUGUUUGUUAUUAAUAUAGUUGCUAUUAUUUCAAAUAUAUAUAUCUUUCUCUGCCCCAGACUCUCCCUGCUCCUCUUCUACCCCAGACUCUCCCUGCUUCUCCUCUGCCCCAGGCUCCCCAGCUUCUCUUCUGCCCCAGACUCUCCCUGCUUCUCCUCUGCCCCAGGCUACCAUGAUCCACCUAUGCCAUGGGCUGUCCCUCCUUCUCACUUUGCAGAUAGACACUUUGGCGCACAUGCACACACAUAACCUGGCGCACAUGCAGAUACAUAGAUACAAACACUGAGACAUACACAGACACACAGAUACAAACACUGACAUACAUGCAGAUACAGACACGUAAAAUCACACAAAGACACAGAUCCUUCUUAUAUAUUGGUUGGAUGUAACUAAAAUGUAUACUCAUCAUCAAGAACCCCACACAAUAAAUGAUCAAUAAAGGAUCAGCAUGUGGCAACUGUAAAGUUUUAACACACUUCGCUAGAAAACCCCCCAAAACAAAACGCAAACACAAGUGGUAUAAGUAAGUGAAUGGGGCAAAAUAGAAAAUGAAAAUAGUAUGCAUGUUCAAAAACAUGAGCAGAAUGAGGUAGCUCUCUCACUUCACGGUGGAGUGGAGAGACAACUGCUGAAAGAGAGUUUUAGAUUAUGUAAGUACAUGAUCUCAAUGUCAGGUUUCUAAGGUUAUACAAAUUAUGGUAGGUCCUGAAACUUUUGAAAAACCCCCAUGGGAGUGUAGGAAAUCUGAUUCUGCCUAAACCACUACCAAAUGUAAGAUCUAGAAAACAUACAAUACCUCUCUUAUCCUAUCCUCUCUACUUUGAUGCAUAAUUUUAUAUUUAUUUAUAUUUAUUUUUUCUGUGUCCCUUUAGGUAACAUAUCCAUCCAUAAUUCCCAAAGAUCAGCCAAAAAACAAAUGUCAGACCAUCAAACACUUGACCAAGCGUGGGCGAACUUCUUCUGCUCGAUUGUCUGAAGGCAUCAGCAAAACAAUAUCCCAGGCUGCUUAUAAACAAAAGUGAAGAAUGAAGAUGCCUUGCUGAAGAAAAC